UUUUAAUUUCACAAUCAGAACCCCUGACAUGUCAUAAACAACAGAGAUGGGUUACAAAUGUUACGGUAGAUAUGAGCUGUUCCAUUUAAAUGAAUGCAUUUAACUGUUUACAAAAUUAAUAAUUUUAUUUAAUGAAGAAUUAAACUGUGUAUCGAACUAUGGCUCAAGCAAAGCUAAACUCUCAAGAGGAAACAAGCGGAACGCUGAAUGACAAAGAAAAAGAGAGCGACGAGAAAGAUGGUUCAACAACAGUAUUAGAAUGCGCAGUUUGUCUUCAACCAUGUAUAUAUCCUGCAAGAUUGCCUUGCAAUCACAUAUAUUGUUAUCUCUGUGUCAAAGGUGUUGCAAACCAAAGCAAAAGGUGUCCUAUGUGUCGCCAAGAAAUUCCUCCUGAUUUUCUUAACAGACCUCAGUUAGUGGAAGUUGACGAAGCACAAAAAGAAUCAGAGCAUUUCGAAGAAGAAUAUCAGUGGUUUUAUGAAGGUCGAAAUGGUUGGUGGAAAUAUGAUUCACGGACCAGCGAGGAUUUGGAAGCUAUUUACAACCUAGGUUGGUGGCAAUAUGAUCAGCGUACGAGCCAUGAACUCGAAACUGCAUACAAACAAGGCAAACGGAAUUGUGAAUUAUUAAUUGCUGGGUUUCUUUAUAUUGCUGAUUUUGGUUCGAUGCUUCAAUUACGUAGAAAUGACCCUUCUAGACGAAGAAAAAUUAAGCGCGAUUUAUAUAAUGUACCUAAAAAAGGAGUUGCAGGUUUAAGAUUAAAUCAUCAAGAUGAAGAAAUCAUUAGAGAAGUAAGAGGAGCAGAAAGACCAGCUAGUCCUGCAAGCGAUGAUAUGGGUACAGGAGAUGGUACAAAUACUCCAGUACCUCCAAGUAAUACACCACAAACACCAGCGGGUGGAACAGCAAGUGGUGAUGCUACACCCCUAAAUGAUAGAAUGGAACAAAGAGACUCGCUGCAUCAGGUAUUAGAACAAAUGCGUUCCUUAGUUCUAAGAGAACAUUUGUCCCCAGACACAGAUGAUGAAUUAGAGGAAGAUGAAGAGAAUGAAUCGCCUUCCACUCAUCCUACAUUAUAAUGCCUACAAACAUCUAACAUUUCCUAUUCAUCAAACGAAGAUCAUUUUUAAGAAAGCUUAAUUUUAUUGAAAUAAAUGUAGCAUCCCAUUAAAUGAAAGAUAUAGUGUAAUAAAUUCAUGUACAUGAUUUGAAGAUACAAAAUACUUUAUAAUACUAUACAAUCUGUGAUGUUUAUUAGAGAAGAAGAAGUUAAGUACAACAAUUAAGUCUUUCACAUUCAAAUUAUUCGAUGAAUGAUCAUCUCAAUUAUUGUCAUAAAAUACUCAGGCUUUGUAAAUUUCUAUCAGCAUAAACUUUGAUCAUCUGUUCACAAAAUAUUUUCCAGGAAGAUAUCAUUCCGUACUACUGUACUUUAAUAUUCUAUUUACUUAAUUUAGAUUUAUAUCAUUUUCGUUAUUUUUAUUGUAGAUUAUAUCGUGAAACUCGUAAAUAUAAAUCGCUAAGGUUAAUUAAGGGUUUCUGAAACAAAAGAAAUAAUGCAAUCUACUUGUACAUAAAAAUGUAACAUAUUUAAGUUUUGCUUGCACACUCGACAUAAUUGGUACACUGCCGUUUUUUACUCGCUUUUUCUUUAAAAAAGAAGAAAUUCAAUGAAAGUUUUUAAUUAUGUUUUUUUUUGUUACAACAUUUGUAUCAGCACUAUGUGUUACAGUCAAACUGUAUCGCCACAAGACGAAUAAAUUGCCAAAACUAGAGAAUCAUUGCAGUUUCGAAUAUGUACAUUCAGUACAUCGAAGUUUAAAUAGCAUUAUUUUCUCAAAUAUGUAGCAACGAAAUAAUUUGUUGUAAAUAUUGAAAAAUAAGAGCAAAGAUGUAAAGAACUUUGUAUGUCUCAAGUCUUUUAGUAUUAGAAUAGCCUUUAUCAGUUUUAUGUCAUGGUCAAAUUUCUUAACAAGUUUGUAUUAUAUUUAUUACAAUUAAUUCUGAUGGAAUCAAUGCAAAUAUCAUUU